GCGUCGAUUUGACGGUCGCCUCUCCUCCAGCAUGGAAGUCAGAGCCACAGAGAGCCCACAUGGCUGUGAAAAUACCUCGGAGACAGAGGAAGACAGGGACUCGGACACCGAUUUUGGACCUUCAAAACUCGGAACGAAAGAAUAUUGGGAAGAUGCGUACCAGAAGGAGCUUGAGACGUUCAAAGACAUGGGGGACAUUGGUGAGAUAUGGUUUGGUGAGGAAAGCAUGAGUCGUGUGUUGCGAUGGAUGGACAGAGCUGAGAUUCCAGAAAGUGCUGCCAUUCUGGACAUUGGCACUGGAAAUGGAGCCUUUUUAGUUGAACUGGCCAAGCAAGGAUACAGGAAUCUGACUGGCAUAGAUUAUUCUCCAGCGUCCGUAGAGUUGUCCAGAAAUGUGCUACAGGCGGAGGACUUAACAGACAUAUCUGUAAAGGAGAUGGACUUCUUAAACUGUCAAGGCGAGCUGAAGGGUUUUGAUGUCUGCAUCGACAAAGGAACAUUCGAUGCAAUAAGCCUAAACCCAGACAACGCCAAGGAGAGCAAAAGACUAUAUGUCCAAGCGUUAAAAGAUGCUCUUAAGGACAAAGGAUUCUUCGCUAUCACUUCCUGUAACUGGACAAAAGAGCAGCUGCUAGACAGAUUCAGUGAAGGAUUUGAGUUUGUACAGGAGUUGCCUACACCAAGUUUCCAAUUUGGAGGCAAGAAAGGCAACAGUGUGACUGCACUCAUCUUCAAGCGAGUACUUUGAUUCAAAUGACACCAGAAAAUUUUUGUUUGUUUGUUUUUUUUGUAUAAGACAUGAUUAUGUUGUUUUCAUUUUGAAGAACUUUGUGUAAUUAAGCAAAUAUGAAGUGUAACUGAGUAGGGACGGCCUCUUGGAAUAAAAAAUCACUUUGUUUCGUUUUUA